AUAAAGUGGCAGUGCGAGCUUUGCGGGGACAUCAGUGGCUGUUUGGCAGCGCGGCGCAUCGCUCUGCUUCCCCUCGCUGCGGUGAUUAAAGUUGAGCCGCUGACCCGCGCCUGCCUUUCCUCCCGGGGAAACUGCGCGUUUAACGAGCGUCAGUUUCCAUUUCUCCACUCCAGAUCAUUUGUUGCUGUCCGGGAGCUGAGCUUCAGCCCGGCGCACGGACGGAUCCGGCUGACUUCCAGGAUCACAGAUGGACUGGCUCGCACCUGCGAUGUGAACUGUGUUAUGUGAGCCAAGGUGUUUUCCCACCUUGCCGGUGGUGGGAAGAGAUGCUGCACUCCGUUACCAUGGCAGCGGAAGUUCUCCUUCUUCUGGGGUUCCUGAUGAGCGGCUCCCUGUGCAAUCCCAUAGCGACGCUGCCGGUGAGCCGGGAUCGUCUGGAGAAGGUGCUGACCCAGUCCCGGCAGGACGAACAGCAGGACAAGCAGAGUCCAGAGGAGCCGCUGGAGUACGCCGCUCAGGAAACCAACGCCUUCGGCCCCAACAGGACUGCCCCGGACCUGACCGGGCCUAGCUUUAGCUCCCUGAAAGGUGGCGAAUCCGAGCAGCAGUGGAGUGAACAGGACAGCCUAAACCAAAUAGACGAGGGCCCCACCAGCGACGUGGCCCUCUCUCUGGACGCCAUCGACGAGUACGCCUACCCGGACUACAGAGGGAAAGGCUGCAUGGACGAGAGCGGCUUCGUGUUUGCCAUCGGCGACCAGUUCACCCCGGGCCCCUCGACGUGUCCUUGCCUCUGCACGGACGAGGGCCCUCUGUGCACCAAGCCCGAAUGUCCCAAGGUCCACCCUCGCUGCAUCAAAGUGGACACCAGCCAGUGCUGCCCUCUGUGCAAGGAGAAAAAAAACUACUGCGAGUUUCGGGGCAAGGUCUACGCCUCACUAGAAGAGUUUAAGGUGUCUCCGUGUGAGAAGUGCCGGUGUGAGCCCAGUGGAGAGGUUCUGUGCUCGGUGUCCGCCUGUCCUCAGACUGAGUGCGUGGACCCGGAGUACGAGCCCGACCAGUGCUGCCCCAUCUGCAAGAGCGGGCCCAACUGCUAUGCGGACACAGAGGUGAUACCAGCCGGGCGAGAGGUGAAGAUUGAUGACUGCACAAUCUGCUACUGCACGUAUGAGGAGGGCACGUGGCAGAUCGAGCGGCAGGCCACCUGCAGUAAAAACGAGUGCUAACAAAGCUAAAGACUGGCACAGGUGAGGAGGGGCGGAGGAGGCAACGCCCUCGCCGAACCACAUGCACACUCUCGGACUCUCACCCAGUCCACUGAUGAUCAGGGUCGGACAGCGGCGCUCCAACAAUUCAGCAUUUCUACAGCAGUCACUCCCCAACGACUGAAAAUGCUUUUAUGAAAGUUUCUAAUCUUCACACAGAUUAUCUAUUUAUCUAUGUAUUAAAUUAUUUCUGAAUAUAUUCAAAAUAUAAGGUCAUGCUGAACUAGUGAGAAGAUAUUUUUUAUAGUUUCUGGAUUUUAAUAAGCAAUGUACUGGACCAGAGGUCAACAACAACAAAAGAAUGUACAGAACACACACUCACACACACACAGCUGUCUCUGGAGGUGAAAAACCUCAAUGUCUGAACAUGUGGUGUCGUCAUGACCUGACCCAACACCAGUCCGGUGCUCGUAACGGCGCCUGACCCAAUCUGUCCUGAAAACAGUCCAGAACUUACCCAAAACCAGCCCGACGUCCAUUCCAACACCAGUCCUCAUCACUGACCAGUCCUGAUCUUUCCCUACCGUAACCCUGACAACCAGGCCCAUCUUCAGUCCUAACUGGUUGAAGUUGGGCCUGUCAGCAGCAGAAGGCCCGAACCCGUCCAACACCACUCUUCACACAAUGUUGACAAAUGUCCCAACUUGGGUCCUGACUGCGCCGACCACUAGUCCCAGCAGAAGCACCAACACCAGACCAAACACCAGCCUCUACAUCCUUACAAUACUAAUCUUCAGACCAGUCCCAACAUUGGUCCCAAGACCAGUAACAACACCUGGAACCCAUCCAACUCCUCUCCUGACACCAGUCUUGACACAUGGCCCAACUUCAGGUCUGACCCGUCCCAGCAGAACUCCCUCCUUCCAGUCUUGACACCACUUCAGACACCAAUCCCUCUACCACCAAAGUGCAGAGCAGACCAUCUUUCUAUAACCAAAGGUGGCCAAAUGGUUGCUGUGUAAGACGACCAAGUUCAAAGUCAAUACUGAGAACUGCUAAAGUAUUCACACCCCCGAACAGUCCCACAUUUUCCCACCUCAGUGUUUUUACUGGAAUUUUAAGUGAUAGACUAAAACAAAGUCAUUCAUAAUAGGAACUCUGCAUUUGUAUUUAACCCCCAUUUCCUCUGUGACCCCCAAAUAAAUCCAGUACCACCAACCUAUAAAAGUCACUGGAUCAGAGAAGAAAGUCCACCUGUGUGCAUUUCUGUUUUAAAAUGGUCUAAUCAAAGUCCAGACCUUAACCAAUUGAAAGAAAAAUGCUUUCUGACCAAUUUACCAAGAACAAUUAUGUCAGAAAUCCAGUGUAGGUGUGUAAAUGUAGGGAGGAAGCUCAGAGUGGUGAGCUGUCUCACCUGUCAGUGUUUUGGACUGAGUACACAUGCCGUGUUUCAUUUUCCUCCCACUCUACCACCAUGUACUAUUUUGUUUUGCUUUCUUGGUCCAUCACAAAAAUUCGAGUAAACACAUUGAAGUUUGUAACAUAAAAAACGUGAAACGAAAAUCAAAGGUGUGAAUACUUUGGCGAAGCAGCGCUGCAGUGAACCGAAACCAGAGGGUAAUUCAAAGGGACUCGACUGUUUCUGCUUUUCUUUCAUCUUUUCUGGAUGUUCAAAUGUGCUUUGAUUUGAAAGUGCUUUUUUGUAUUUCUCUUCGUAUUGGUGUUCAUGUUUGAAACAAAUGCCAAUCUGUGCUCUGUAAAUGCUCAAAUAGUAACUUUUUAUAGUCCAUGUCGGUGGUGUUUUGUAUUGACGGUCUUACAAAUGAAUAAAAAUGUUCCUGCUUU